ACGGGUCUGCUGUAUAUUGUCGGCCGCCGCCCCUUUCUCGCCUGGCUGCUGGCCCUCGACUCGCCGUCUAUUCACUUUAGCCGCGCUUUCGAUUACCGCGCGCCGCACGACAUCCCCCGUGGCGCCCACCCCGAGCGGCUUAACCAGCGGCCGCCGGUGCUCUGCCGCCUCAUUGUGGUCGUGCAGUACGUCGCAGCGAUCGGGUCCGUCGUCAAUGUAUGGCUGCAGGCGUGGGAGCUCGGCAUUCAGACUUUCUGCACCGUAGCGCCCAACUUCUUCCUCGCGCCAGCUCUGUGGACCGUGCUGCGUGUGUUCCUGCAUCUGCUGAGCAUGAUUUUGGUACGGCUGCGGAUCCGGCGCAACUGCGGUGGGGUUGAGGCCGGAGAGUUCCGCCUCUGCGUGACGCAGAAAGGCGUGAGUGUCGACAAAUUCAAGGAGGGCAUGUUGUUCGUCGGCGUCGCUUGGUUCCUCCACAUCCUCUACGUCGCACACACCCUUUUCUGCACCCUCGUCUUCUCGAGCUUCGUCUUUAUCGGUACCAGAGAUGCUGUCGGCGUCCUCAGCCGCCUCAUGGCGUCAGCCAUCUGCUGCCGCGUCAUUAUCAUGUACGAGAUUUCCGGCUUGCGCGAGGCA